UUGUAUUCUCUGACAUUCAAUCAGUACCUCUUUGUUUCAAGUACAUUUCGAACAGCAGUCUGCUGUCACCUGGAUCCAAGAUGGGCUCUUUCUUUCGAAGUGAAGAGAUGUGUUUAGUUCAGCUUUUCUUCCAAACAGAAUCAGCACACUAUUGCAUAAAUGAGCUGGGGGAUCUGGGCCUGGUGCAGUUCAAAGAUCUGAACCCUGGGACUGUAGCCUUCCAGAAGAGGUUUGUGAAUGAAGUAAAAAAAUGUGAAGAGAUGGAAAGGAUACUACGAUUCCUUGAGAAAGAGAUCUUAAAAACCAACAUCACAAUUUCAGAAAGCUGCGAGAAUGUAAAAGCACCGUGUCCCAGGGAUGUUCUUGAGCUUGGGGCUACUUUUCAAAAACUGGAACAAGAGUUAAAAGAGAUCAACUCGAAUCAUGAAGCCCUGAAACAGAACUUCACAGAAAUGAUGGAGAUGAAAUAUUUGCUUCAGAUGACUGAAGAUUUUUUUGAAGAGGCAGAAUCUCAGCUCUCCUGCUCUGAGCUCCCAUCAGAAGAUUCAGAAUCGUUAACCUUUUCUUCAAGGCGUUGCAGCAGAAGGGCAAGCAGUAUCAGCACUGGAGGGCCCCUAAGACUGGGAUUUGUGGCUGGUGUUAUCAAGCAAGAGCGAUUCCCUGCCUUUGAAAAAGUCUUAUGGAGAAUGUUUCAUGGAAAUUUUGUCUUGAGACAUGCAGAAAUUCAAGCACCAUCUGAAGACUUUGUUGGUGAGGAGCUUGUCAAGAAAGAUAUCUUCAUAGUUUUCUUACAGGGAGAGCAGUUCAAAGGCAAGACGAGAAAAAUAUGUGAGGGUUUCCAAGCCAGUUUGUACCCAUGUCCGGACACUGUACAUGCAAGAAUGGAAAUGAGGACUAGUGUGGACUUGCGCAUUGAGGAUUUACAAACGGUCUUAAGGCAGACUGAUGAAUACCGGGAAAGUAUCUUAACCUCCACAGCAGCCAGCCUUCAUGAAUGGAACACCAAAGUGAAAAAGAUGAAGGCCAUUUAUUACACACUGAACCUCUGCAACCUAGACAUCACCCAGAAGUUAAUUAUUGCUGAGAUCUGGUGUCCAGCGUCUGACCUCACCAAAGUCAACGCAGCAUUAAUCAAAGGAUGUGAGCAGAGUGGUUCCAGUUUGUGUCCUGUAUUGAACAGACUGGAGACUCAACAAAUCCCACCCACCUUUAACAGGACCAACUCCUUCACUUCAGGCUUCCAGAACAUCAUUGAUGCGUAUGGAGUGGGCAAUUACCAAGAGAUGAACCCAGCGCCAUAUACAAUAAUCACAUUCCCUUUUCUGUUUGCUGUGAUGUUUGGAGACUGCGGUCAUGGACUAAUCAUGACACUCUUUGCGACCUGGAUGGUGAUACAAGAAGAACAAUUCAAAAAGUUUAAAAAUGAGAUAAGUGAUAUUCUUUUCAAUGGGAGAUACAUCAUUCUACUGAUGGGCAUUUUCUCAAUAUACACCGGCUUCAUUUAUAAUGACUGCUUCUCCAAAGCCUUCAACAUAUUUGGCUCCUCCUGGAGAGUUAAACCAAUGUUUCAUCCAAAUGGACCAUGGAGCAACCAGACAUUACAUGGGUCAGGGAUACUACAGCUUGAUCCAGUUACUCCUGGCGUCUUUUCAGGAAGUCCCUAUCCCUUUGGAAUUGACCCUAUUUGGAAUAUAGCUUCAAAUAAAUUGACCUUCUUGAAUUCAUAUAAAAUGAAGAUGUCUGUCAUUUUGGGAGUUAUUCACAUGCUCUUUGGGGUGUCCCUCAGCCUGAUGAAUUACACAUAUUUCAAAAACACCCGCAACAUUCUUCUGCAGUUCAUUCCUGAAGUUGUCUUUAUGCUCUCUCUGUUUGGAUAUCUAAUCUUUUUGAUCAUCUUCAAGUGGUGUAGUGUGCUGGAGCCAGAAACAGCUCCCAGCAUCCUCCUGCUCUUUAUUAACAUGGUGCUCUUCACCUACAGUGAUUCCAGUGACAAUAUGCUCUACAAUGGCCAGAGAGGAGUGCAGACAUUUUUGGUCAUCACUGCUCUUCUGAUGGUCCCAUGGAUGUUGCUCAUCAAACCUCUUCUCCUCUACAGAGAACAGAAAAUCAUAAAACAGCAGAAGGUCUCUCUAAACAAGAUGUCCCUGUGCAGCAACUCUGUGUACUCAAAUUCUCAGCCUGAGCAGGAGGAUGAUGAGAUGAAUGCAUUCUGCAAGACCAACAACCAUGAAGAGGAAAAGGUAAGCAUGGGAGAUGUAAUUGUUUACCAGGCUACACACACAAUUGAAUACUGUCUUGGAUGCAUUUCUAACACUGCCUCCUACUUGAGACUGUGGGCACUGAGUUUAGCUCAUGCUGAGCUCUCUGAAGUGCUGUGGAAGAUGGUCCUGCAAGUGGGCUUGACAAUAGGUUCACGACUGGGUUGCCUUGUGGUGGCUGCAAUCUUUGCCGUCUUUGCUGUCCUCACAGUGGCUGUCCUACUGGUCAUGGAGGGUCUUUCUGCUUUCCUGCAUGCCCUUCGUUUGCACUGGGUUGAGUUUCAGAACAAGUUCUACAAAGGAUCUGGAUACAAGUUCGCACCUUUUUCCUUUGGGCAUCUGCUUGGAACAAAUGACUGAAAAUAAUUUUUGGAUAAGAUUUCUUUUUGAAAUUUUAAAACACAUUAAUGGUACUGUAGCUGCAGAUUUGUUUUCCCUAAUAGGUUUGAGAUUACCUAAAAAAAAUAAAAUUUUGCUGCAUGAAAAUUUAAAAAAAUGUUAUCCCACAUCAUAUUAGUACCAACCAGUAAAUCUCAGGAGCUGCUGCUUGGAAGCUAAUAGCAUUUUGUAGGGAGCUGUAUCCAAAUCACUGCUGACUCUGCCAAGUUAAAUCCACUAAAGACUACUGGCAACAGUCAGCCUUUGGCAUAGCCUAGAUUGAUUUCCAUAUUCUCCUGUUGAUGUACUCUAUCAUAUGUAUCUCCCCACAAUUUUAUUUUUAUUACUGGGUUAAAUUCAAUAAUAUGAGUAAUUUCAGAGACAUAAUUAAAAAGUAGUUUGACUUAAGUUAGUUCAAUGUAUUUUAUAAUAUUGUGACUCUCAAACUGUAAUUAUAACACUAGUUAUUAGAUUUCAGAAUGAGCUUUCCCUUCACAUUAUUUUCAUCAUAUGUAAUAUCACAUUUCUCUACAUAAAUCUGUUGGGAAAAAAAAACAGCAAUCAUUUUAAUUACUACUGCUGUUUUAAUAUUUUGUCCCCUAAAUAAA